AUGGACGCUCAGUCGCCGCUCGACGUCCUCCGUGCACUCAAAUGCAGUAGGAUCCCUCCCAUCCUAUGGCGAGUCCAAUACAGCGAAUCACGCGCCACCUUCGACGAAAACUGCAACCUCGUAGUACGCCUCUCCGACAGCGUCCCCACGAGCCUCUACGAACUCCGCGCCAGCCUCGCCCGCCACCUCAACUGGGGCUACUCCCGCGCCGACAGCUACUUCAUCUCGACGUUCUCCGAAUACGUCGAAGCACUGCAAUGGGCCAAAGCCCGCCGCCGCUCCAUCGACGAAAGCGAAGAAGUCACCAUCUACAAAAUCCGAACGUGCCACCUCGCGCCCCACACGAUGGUCUUCAAAGUCGACAAAGUGAUGCAGAAACUCGGCAUGGAGCCCCUCCUGCGCAGCACGGAGAACGAAUACGUCAUCCUCAACCGCAUCCCCUCGCGGGCGAUUUCCAUGCACGAACACAUCGAGCCGGAGAUAUUGAAGCCCCGCGUGGAGUCGCGCUCGACGCCUUGGGGACGCACGCUGGAGAGGCGGAGUCAGAUUUAUCUGUUCCAUCAGACGAACAGCACGGAUGCGCUGUGUGCGCAGUAUCUCGCCCGCUUGGACGUGGAGCAUCGGAGGAAGAGCGCGUAUGAGAGUGUGUAUGAUUGGGUGCCGCCGUUGCCGGAUGAAAGGUAUGAAGCUGGGGGUGAGAGGGUGGAGGUUGGGCAGAGGGUGGAUAAUUUGGUGGGGGUUAUUACGGGGCGGUAG